GAGAGAGAGAGAGAGAGAGAAGGUGGUGAAUUCCUGUUAUCUUCCAUCAUCUCAUGGCAAGCUACCAUGGCAGAGUCAGACAGCAGCAGGCACCUGCAACAUCACAGGACGGCCCCUCUUCUCCUCCCCUCCCCUCCCCUCCCCUCGCUGUCAACCAUUGCAGAAAAGACCAUCAAAAAGCAUCUCCACCCUCCAAGAAGGAAAGAUCCAAAGGCAAGGACCAGGAAGGUAGAUGCGUGAUCAAGUGGAGGAAAACCAAACCAAAAGCCACGAGGUGAGGUGAGGUGAGGUGAGGUGAGAAAUAGGAAGGAAGAAGGGAAGAAAAGGCAGGCAGGUGCCCUCAUGGCAUAUGGAUCACCCAACCCAGCUUCGGCUUCACCUCUCUAUUUCUCAGAUCCAAUACUUCUCCGCAGAGGCAGGCAGAUGUUGCCAGAUUUGCCCCUCAGCGGACCAGAAAAGUCUUCAGCCAGCGGGAAAACUCUUCGUCCUUUCCUCAAUUUUUACUUAUCAGAUCCGCACCUCGGUUUCGCCAUCGUGCCCUAAGGCGGUAGGUUUUCGCAUCUGGUGAGGGACGCCUUCUGCGGUUUCCCGGCUCUUCUGCCUCCCAAGGUGAGAUCUCGGGAUCCGGCCUCUGCGGCGAUGAAGCGGGGCGAGAAGUUGGCCGUGCAGUCUUCUCCGGCGGCCAAGGCGCGGUUCAGGCACCAGAGUCUCUUGCAGGAUUAUGAGGAUCUGGUAAAGGAAACUGACGCAAAGAGAAAGAACCUGCACAUAGCGAAGCAGAAGAAACUCAAACUUCAUGCUGAAGUCAAAUUCUUGCAAAAACGAUACAAAACUCUAUCGCAGAAUCGAUCUGGAACAGUGCAGUUUAGGCUGAAAACGAAACCAAAGAGUCGGUUCUUUGUUGCUCAACCUUCGAAUUCAAAUGCUUCUCAUCAGCUCCCUGCUAAAGAUCAAAGUUCAAAAUUAAGAGAUGAUGCUUCUCCAAGCACUUCAGCAAUCAUAGAUUUGAACCAGGUCUCUUUGCCGAUUGGUGAAGACAUGGACAAGUAUCAGUUUGAUGCAGAGCCUUCAAAGGUCGAAGCUAACGAUAUCAAGCUCUCUAUUUGUCGAGAUGUUGGCCAUGCAUCAUCAAACCAGGUGGGGAAAAGAAAGAUUACAUGGCAAGAUCAGGUAGCUUUGACAGUGUAGACAUUCUCGUGUGGCAUAAAAGUUGGAAAAUAUGGGUCUCCCGCUAAUUUCAUUCCUGUUCUAUUGAUAUGUUUCUCGUAAAGGAAACCUAGAGGUAAUUUACUCUUAUACAUGAGACCUUUUAGAAUUUGUAAAUGAGGUUCUUGCCGUUGCUCGUGUAGGUUUGGAUGAGCUUGGUGAAUCAAUCAUAACGACUAAUAAGCAAUUCUUUAUCA